CGUGACAGGCGAUUCACAUCCUAGUUACACCUGGAGGUCCGAGAUGGUCUCGCGCUUCAGAUGUCAGUGAUACAAUGGCAACGGAUGGUGGUUGUUAGUGUGUGUGGGCACAGCCUUCUUCCCAGAGAGACGGAGGCAAACAAGGGACAAAAAGGAAUCUACAGAGCAGACUGAAAGAAGAGAUCACUGACACUUCACUUCACCCUGCUGGUUAACAGAUACAGUAAUGGAGUCCACCCCAGGAGACGUGAGUGGAAACACUGAGGAUGCCACAGGGAGGAAGAAGUCACGGUUCAAGUUUCUCAAAGUGCGUCUUUUUGGGCGUCUGAAGAAAAAGGAGACUGAGGGACGAAUGAAGCAGAGCCAGUCUACUGGUGAUGUUACAGCACAGGAGGGUAGGAGAGGCGAGGAUGACUCAGAGGAUGAUUGUCACUAUCCAGAGGGAACAUUAAGCUCCAGGGCAUUGUCUCAUGACAGCAUCUUCCUGGCUGAUCCAGUUCAGUCCUCACAACCAACACGGGUUCUCUCGCAGGAGAACGUUCACAGCAAGAUUAAAGCUCUGCAGUUGAAGCUACAGCAACAAAACAUGCGACUGGCUCCUCCAUUGUUGAUUCCUGGAAAGCGAAUGGAAGACUCCGGAACAACUUCAGAGGAUGACGGCUUACCUCGAAGUCCUCCUGAAAUGUCCUUCCAAGAGGUAGCUAUGCAAAGAGGAGCCUCUAAGUAUCCUGAAGCUAAAAGCCAUGUCAGCUUGUUAAGUUUAGCAGGAACAGGAAGUGAAGAGGAAGAGCAGGGUGGUUUUUCACAGCCCUCAUCAAGACCACUUUCUCCAGUACCCCAUCUAUCCUUAAAAGAAUCACCAUGUACUGGUGUGGAUUUCACAAGCCCCGCCCAGUACGUUCCCAUCUUAGACAAUUCAGCCGCCCGUCAUCGCAUGUCCAUCAAGCCCAGGAAUCAGCGAGCUAGCACCAAAGGAAAGAAACCACCUAAUCUGUAUCGUCCACGGUCCAGCAGCAUGAACAGCCUGGAUGAUUCACUUUCAGAGAAGGAAGAGACACAGCAGAGUGUCACAUGUACACAGAUCAUGCAACAUUACUCCUACACCUCUGAAGAUUCAACCCAAGCUGAAGAACCUGUAUCACUUCCUGCAAGUACACACUUACAGGAAGAAGCAGAGAAAGCGACACUGUUGACUGCAAGCCCGUGGAGUCUAUUAAACAAAACUACAAAACCGAUUCAACACGAGGACAAACCCAACACCACUUCAUCAGUGUCCUCUGAUGAGAUUACAGUCCCGCAUGCUUCAAACCACACCAGAGAACUUCUGGCAAAGGAACCUUUAAAUGAUAGUGAAUGCACAAAUAAGAUUAAUGUUAAUGAAGAGCAUCAGGCUUCUUUAAUACCCCUGUCCAUUUGUUCAUUGGAUAUAGCAAGUGAUUAUAAUGUUAGAAAAGAAAGAACUGAUGGCAGCUUAGCAGCAAGCAGCAUAGAUCGAAUGGAGUCAUCAAAAUCAGCUGUAAAUUUGGAUGUAUUUAAACCAGCAGAAACCAUAACUAGGCUCUAUCCUGUUCCUGCACCACGCACCAAAAAGCCAAUCUUAUUAAACCUAAAUAAUGGUCCUCCUAAACUAUCUGGUUUGAAACCUGUUGAGGUUGAAAAAGAAACUGCAUUAUCUUCAGGCCUGGCUGAAUCACCAAGAGAACAUGAUAAACCACUAAGGCCAAGUUCAUUCCGUUUUAACAUCGCAUCUGCAAAACAUCGCUCCAAGACCAGUGAUGAGAACGUGGCUAAGCAGGAUGACGAAAGCUCUGGUAACUCACAGAAGGGCCAAGCCUACAACCAGAACUUGGUAGUACAAAUGGAAAAAGUGGAAAGCACAAAAUUCACUGAGGAUUGCAGAAAUAUUCCCUCAGCUCCAGAUAAACGAAGCACUUUGUGGAAGGAAGUAAUAGAUCAAAAUGUCUCCAAGACAGGAGUAGUAGACAAUCCUGAAAAGUCAGAAGGAUGCUUACAGAAUACAGAAUAUCUCAAAAGUGAGAAAGCUGAGGAAUCUAAGGGCAAGAGAGGUCUUUUUGGGGUUAAGCUGCGAAGCACAUCUCUGUGUGUAAAGUAUAAGUCUGAGCUCCCCAGAUCCGAGACUGAGGUGAAGCGACAUAGUCUGGAAGGUGAGCUUCUUCUAGCAGCAACGGAACCGGUUUCCAGUGACUUAGAAGCAGUCGGUAACGACAGAAAAGCUAAUGUUCAGACAAAUCCUGUACAACAGAGCUUGGAUUCACAACAAGAACCAUCUUUCGACAAAGGCAGUGAAGCAGAAGGAAGACCUGAACCAGCAUGGAGAAGUGUUACUAAAGAAAAAGCUAGAAUCCACCAGUCCUUCCCCAGUAAAUCACCUACUCAGCCAGCUUCACCAUCAAAUUCACCAUCUUUAUCUACAAGUCAAUCCUCUUCCACUCAACAACUUUCAAAACCAGCCAUGAAGCUUAGACCACAGCUACCGUCCACCAGCAAACCCCAACCAGUUACUCAAUCAUCACAGCAAAUUCCACCCAAAACAUCUCCAAGGGCAAUGGAAAGAUGGACCAUGUCCAGUCAGAGAGAAGACAAGAGUUCUGUGAGCCAGUCCACACAGAGAGAUGACGUAUUGGAUUCUAAGGGACAAUCCAAACUUGGAGCCAAAAGUAACACACAAACAGAACCUGAUCAGCAGUCUCCGUCAGACAGAGCUGAGCCGACUUGGAUGGAACUUGCCAAGAGAAAAUCUCUCGCCUGGAGCGACAAGACCUUAGAUUUUAUGAAUUUUUAAUUGUGUAAAUAGGUUCAAAAUGCACAUAAACAAUUGACAGAAUGCAUAUUGUUUUGUAAAUACAGACUGGUUAAAUAUGUUAUAUACACAGAAUAUCCAUGCUUCAAAUAGUGAAAGCAAAGAUACUUCAGCUCUAUUAAAAACAAUUGAAAGCUUUUAUUUUAAUACACAAUUUAAUAGACUGGAACAUUGACCAAAUUUUUGUACUCUAUAAAUGAAUACUUUAAAUUCACAUUAAUACAUUAAUAUGUUAUUUUCUUUGUAUAUAUGCUUUCCAAAUUAAUUCCUUUGCAGUUUUAAAUAAAACUGUACAUUUAACUGGUUUAGAAGAUUAAAACAGGAGACUCGGA